GCACGUGCCACCCCUGUCAGCCAAUGCGGAGCCCUCCGGGGAGGUCACGUGCCUCUGUUUGGCGCUUUUGUGCGCGCUCGGAUCUGUUGGUGCUCAGUGCGGCCAGGCGGCUCGGACCGGGCAGGGCUUCCCUUGCCAGUGGAUUGUGUAGAAUAUAUUGCCAGACUCUUGUCUUCUGUUCACCAUGGCUUCUUCUGAUAUCCAGGUGAAAGAACUGGAGAAGCGUGCUUCAGGCCAGGCUUUUGAGCUGAUUCUCAGCCCUCGAUCAAAAGAACCCGUCCCAGAAUUCCCCCUUUCCCCUCCAAAGAAGAAGGAUCUUUCCCUGGAGGAAAUUCAGAAGAAAUUAGAAGCAGCAGAAGAAAGACGCAAGUCCCAUGAAGCUGAGGUCUUGAAGCAGCUUGCUGAGAAACGAGAGCACGAGAAAGAAGUGCUUCAGAAAGCCAUCGAGGAGAACAACAACUUCAGUAAAAUGGCAGAGGAGAAACUGACCCACAAAAUGGAAGCCAACAAGGAGAACCGAGAGGCACAGAUGGCUGCCAAACUGGAGCGUUUGCGAGAGAAGGACAAGCACAUUGAAGAAGUGCGGAAGAACAAAGAAUCCAAAGAUCCUGCUGACGAGACUGAAGCUGACUAAUUUGUUUUGAGAACUGAUUUUCUCCCCCUCCCCUUCCUAAAUAUCCAAAGACUGUACUGGCCAGUGUCAUUUUAUUUUUGCCCUCCUGACAAAUAUUCUAGAAGCUGAUUGAUGUAGGACCAUAGGUAGAUCCAGACUGGAUGAUGUUGUUUUAGGGGAUAAAGGGGAGAAACUGAAAGUGUUUUACGCUUUUUCUAAAGUGUUGAGGUCUUUCUAAUGUAGCUAUUUUUCUUGUUGUACCUUUUCUACUUCAGUACACUUGGUGUGCUGGGUCAAUGGCUAGUACUGUUUUGGCUCUGUGAAAACAUGUUUGUGAAAAGAGUAUGUAGUGGUUGCUUUUAAAUUGUUAGAUGCUGAAUAUCUGUUCCCUUUUAAAUCCCAAUUCUGCCCCGAUCUUACCAGAUGCUACUGUACUUGAAUGGUUAAUAAAACUGCACAGUGCUGUUA